AGGCGCAGUACAGAUUGUCCAGAUAAAUUUCAACGCUGCUGCUGUUCACCUUGAGGAAUCCUAUUAAUAACCUAGUAUUGAAACGUAAACACCCCUUCGAUAAAGAUAUGUAUGAUAACAAUUAUUCGGACGCAUUAAGGUCAUGCUAGAUGGUUUAUUCUAGAACAAAUAUAGAAGCUCUGAGCUUCUCCACAGACAGCCGAUUGCGGCCUUGAGCUGAUGUGGGGAUUUCCGCGAGAUAUAACUUUGGCUAAGACAAGAAACAUUUACACGAUCAGUUGUGUAGAUAUCUUUUGAAAAGCCAUUGCUUCAUCUUAGAGAUUCAACAUACCAUGGCCACGCUAUUUCAUAAUGGCCGUUUUUUUCAAUCCGAGCCCAAGGGCGAAAGUUAUUCCUUCGCAAACACCAUGCUCAUUGACGAGUCGGGCAAAAUCACUCAUGUCGGCGAUAUACAUGACGAGGAUAUUCUGGCAGCAGAGAGAGCUGGCGUGACCAAACACGAUAUCAGCGGUCGUAUAGUCUUACCGGGAUUUAUUGAUGGUCAUAUGCACUUUCUGAUGCUCGGGCAAUCUCUACAAAAGGCCGGGCUAGAAGCGUGUAAAAACCUACAAGAUAUCCGCCAGACGAUUAAAGAGUUCGCUGCCGCGCACCCUUCUGCGGCCCGUAUAAUGUGCAAAGGGUGGAUGCACUCCAUGACCAACGGAGAGGCGUUGGCUAGCAUGAUAGACGAUCUGGAUCCAAGGCCAAUCUUCAUCGACUCCAAAGACUUGCAUUCAACCUGGUGUAAUAGUGCAGCCUUAAAAGAACUGGGUGUGCAAGAUAUGGCCGACCCAGAAGGCGGGAAAAUUCAUCGCGACGAGAACGGCAAAGCAUCAGGGCUCCUCUCGGAGGCGGCGGCGGUUACGAUCGUCUGGCCGCAUAUCGCAAAAGUCGCGCCGAUGGAAGAAAAGCUAGCAGCGCUGAAAGCGGCUGUCGAGGCGUAUAAUGCCUCCGGUUAUACCGGACUCGUCGAGAUGGCGAUGGAUGAAAACGCAUGGGAAGCUUUGCAGAUACUACGAAAGAGAGAAAAGCUUUCGAUUAGGAUCGCUAUCCACUGGCUCAUCACGCCUCGGAAGAUGGAGGCCGAGAACCUUGCUCAAGUCGACCGCGCGAUCGAACUUAACCGCCAGUUUAACAUGGAAAAUAGUCCCGAUUGCCGCGUUGUAGGUAUCAAGGUCAUCGGGGACGGUAUCAUAGACGGUUGCACCGCCGGACUCUCAGAACCUUAUACUUCCAACGGGGUAUCGUGCGAUCCUAUCUGGUCACUUGCAGAGCUUGGGCCCGUGGUUAGAAAAGCGGAUAGAGCUGGCUUGCAGUGCGCCUUACACGCGAUCGGUGACCAGACCAUAAGAGUUGCUAUCGAUGCUCUCGAACAAAAUGCCACACCCGGUCGAAGACAUCGAAUAGAACACCUGGAGCUCGCAUCGCCCGAAGACGCUAAGAGGCUAGGAAAGUUGGGCAUUACGGCUUCUAUCCAGCCGGUACAUGCCGACCCAGCGAUCCUUCGAGCGUGGCCGUCACUACUUGGGCCCUCCCGAUGCGAGCGCGCAUUCGCAUAUAAAGAUUUUGCCGACGGGGGCGCCGUAUUAGCAUUAGGGUCCGACUCCCCUACGGCACCUCACGCGCCGCUAAGAAAUGCAUAUACGGCGACAACCCGACGCUCAGCCAGAGAGCCGGACUUGACGGACCGGGUAAACCCACAUUUCGCGUUAGACUUGGCCGCGGCCAUCGCUGCGGGUACGGAGGGCUCGGCGUAUAGCUGCUUCGCUGACCGGUUCACCGGCAAACUGGAAGCCGGACGAAUGGCGGACUUUGUAGUGGUGGAUAUGGAAUGGGAUGCGAGCAAGCUACUCGAAGCGAGAGUCCUAGAAACCUGGUUUAACGGGAAGAAGGUAUUUGAUGCGAAAGCGUAAGAAUACAUCCAAUGAUAACAAGCCUAUUGUUAUGUUGGCGGCUUGGCUUAAGAAACACCGAAUCGGCAUCGAUCACGAGAUACGUGUUGCUAUACUACACCAUCACAAGGGUUAACGAGAUCCAAGUUCUCGAAACGAAACGUGUACGUUCUCCCACUGAGAGAUAGAACGGACAUGUACAUAACACGGUGCUAUACGAGCGUUCCUUUGCCUCGCUCGCGUAUCGUACGGAAGCGAUACGAAGAUCGAAAAAUUGGCGGGGAUGAGCACCGAAUUUAUCAGGCGGUCUUGGGGCGGCCGCGCCGGUUUAAUCGAGAAAGGAGGCCGAAUAUCUUACCAGGCUGCCAGGGGAUAUGUCCAUUCGGAGAAAUUCACAUUUGCAUACCUGCUCACACGCACACAAGAGGUAUCUAGACGUUUAUAUAUAUUCUAUUUUCUCUAGUUACUGUAACUUAUCUAAGUUAUAUUCCUGAACAAA